ACACGAAACAUAGCAUAUCCAAACACAAGUGAUCAAGAAAAGCGAGCUGUCCAUCCACACCCCUAGGACAUGCGAAGGUAAUCUUACAAGCACAGUCAGCGCUUAUGGAGUCGGGAACAACGCAACAAGAUGGCAACAACGACCCACAUCGCACCGACGACGACGACCAAGGACGGUACCAUGGCAGCCGCCGCGAUCGCCGCCGACGUCACUUCCUUCGGCGUGGUCGAUGGAGCCGGGGUGCGCUGGGUCGUCGUUGGGGCGGGUGUCGUGGUCGGGGCUGAGGUCGUCGUGGUCACUGGCAUCGUCGUGGUAGCAUUUGGCGCGCGCGUCGUGGCCGUCAUAUUGGGGCUUCGGGUCGCAUUGGGGGCCGACGUGCGAUUGUCCAACGCAAACACGGGCUCCAUCGGCGGGACAACCGGGGCCGCGGCUUGAUGCACGACCUGCUGCGGGGCUUCCGCUUGACGGGUGACGAUAGGGGCUUCAGCUUGACGAGAAAUCGGCUGGGCUGGUUGCGGG